GGGAAUGGGGUUGGGGCAGUGGGUGGUGCCCUCAAACGAGGUUCAAACUCACCCCUUCUGGGAUCACGUGAUUUUUGUGGACCAAUGGGGUGCCAUUAUUUGCUGGGCGGGAAAUUCAACUCCUGCGAUCUGUGCCACCUCCGUGCACUGCUCAACGGUUGCUCAAGGAAAUGGCUGCACUAAAACCAACCAGUGGGAGAGGGGUCUCCUGGAGGGAGAAGGAGACAUUGGACCUCAUUGAAUUUUGGGGUGAGGAGAAGGUGCAAGAGGCACUAUUGCUCUGUCACAGGAACAUUGAUGUUUUCGAGCGCAUCUCAGAGCAGAUGGUGGCGAGAGGCCAUGCAAGAACCGCACUCGAAUGCCGGACAAAAACAAAAGCUUUGAGACAGGAGUACAAGAGGGUCGCGGCACACAAUGGAAGAUCGGGAAAUGCCCCUGCAACAUGCCCUUUCUAUGCACAGCUUGCAAGAAUUUUCAGAGGGGAUGCAAGCAUACGGCCACAAAGGGUGGCAAGAAGUCUUAACCUGCAGUCGGUGAGCAAUGCCGACCCCAUGGGGGAAGAUCGGUCGAACCAUGGCGUUCCCGCUCCAUGGGAGGGAUCAGAGGAACUAUUCACACAUCCAAUGGUCACUCUACAUCUUCAGGCGGUCCCCGCUUCCACUCCCAAUGAUUCAGGUUCUUCCACAGAACAAGAAACAUCAAUCGGAGAAGCCCCCCCAAUGGACAUGACCGAUCCAGAGGAUGAAAAUGCCGCAGACGAUCCAGAUUUAACUCAGAUAGAGGAGUUCCCGGAGGUGACAGGACAGGGUGCAGAGGAUCCGCAAGGAGAUCUGAACAAUCCACCAGCAGUGGAACAACCGCAGGUCCCCACGGCACAACUGUCUCCUGCUACACGCUUAGAAAAGGCGCGCACCAGAACCAGGCGCGUCUCUGUCCUCACCAACGUUGCAGAGAGAAUGCUAUCUCAGGCACAGAGGGAGGAACAAAACAACAGAAAGGAACGUGGAGAAAUUCUGGAGGCAACCAGCCAUUGGCGUGCAGCCAUGGAAUCAGAGACAAGAUGGCACGAGGACAUUAUCAGGGAGGCAAGAGAGGAUCGUAGGGCUUUUAUUGAGGCACAGUCACAAAAUAUGGAGGGGCUUAAUAGGGCUGUCGGUGCCCUCAGCUCCUUGACUGAACUCUUUGUCAGGGAGCAAAGAGCAGGCCCGGUUGCAGAAACUUCCCAAAAUGCCAACAGCAAAACACGCGAUAACGAUCAUGAUAAGGCACCACUAAGAAAAAGGGCUCGGAUCAUUAAAAAGAGAGAAAGAUAUGAUCCAUCCCUCUGAGCCCCACAUGUUUUUCCGGUGCAGCAUUUGGGUUGGAAUCUGCAUAUCACACGUAUCAUUGCUGUUGAAAUUAUGUUUGUCACAGCUGUAAUUGUGUUUUUCGAUGUUGGCGAGGGGUUGACAAU